AUGGAUCCUAAUGUAGCCAUGCGCUUUGUUCAGGAUAAGUUGACGCUCUACCGCAAGCGCAUGGAUGUGAGCGCAAUCAAAGAUUUGAUAUCCAGAAUCAGAGUUUUGAAAACACCGGAGGACGCCGAGGAUCUCGUGAUGAGGGUCAUUCUUUGCUCAACCGGAGCUAUGAUUACGAGCGAUAUCUAUGCGAAUAUUGUAACCGCACUAGAGUCCCAAGGAUCGGACAUUUUCAAAGCAAGCGCGAUUCUGUCUCUGGGUAAUACGACUCCAUUUUAUUCUGUACAUGAGGACCACCUAAUCCUGACCUCAGGCGUGCAGAAACAUACACGCGAGACUAUCUCCAAUACUAUCAAGCUUCGCAUAGCCUUUCUGCAGAGACAUCUUUUGCAGUAUGUUAAUACUACCUUUCCCAUUGGCUCUAAGGAUGCGCUGUUUGCUUCGUGUUUAAAUUCUUGUAAGCACCUCUCAUCACUAGCUUUGCUGGAAGGAAAUAACAGCUCUUGUGUCCUGGUUGCGGGAGUGCUCCAUGACACUCACGACGCUUUGCAACUAGAAGAUGAAACUGCCCUUGUUACUUUGUUAUUAGACAAAAUAAAAUACAACAAUAUUCAAAAUUUUGACACAUUUUUUUUAGAAAAUCAGACUCAAGUUUCCUUGCCUCUUCUAAACCAGGCAGUUGUGGCAGUGGUUGGAUCGGUGGAAGGCGGGAAGCUACGGGCUAACGCAAUAUUUACUCCACUGAUCGAAACGCCGGAGAGCUUCAAUGCCUUGAUGGGCACAGAUAAGACGCCUGCAUAUAAAAGCAUCUUCAGUACAGUUCAUACAAACACACCCGAAUUCGGUUUAGUAUUUUCCCAGGUAUUCUUCUCCGACAGUCGAUGUGUUAAUGACCUCCUGCUCAUGCUAAAAGAAUACGACAGGAACACAGAGAGCAAACACAUACCUUCGCACAUAAUUAUUUUCGGAGUUUUUUGCGAGGGAAGACAAUCUUCUCCGUCUAAUGCGCUUCUGAACAUAAAAAAGUUUCUUGAUGCGUUAAUUACCGAGCAGCUGACCAAGAUGACUGAACAUACACUUUUUGUGUUUGCUCCCCACAAAGCUGACCCGUCAUUGACAGGUGAUGUAUAUCCUCGACAACUCUUUUCCAAAAAAACUGUCGAUACAUUAAGGACAGACUAUCAGACACUAAAGCUGUCCUUUCCCACAACGCCAUUCCACCUCGCGUACGGGCACCAAACAUUAGUACUUUCGAGCAUGCCCCAUGAGGAAGUAUUUCUCAAUCUCACAAAAGAUAGUACAGUGAUGACGGAGAUUGAGGAGUACUAUGCGACGCACGAGGAGCUCGCAAACUUCAUCGUCGCCCAGAAAAACUUAUUUCCAUUUCCCCACAGCACGGCCCCUUGGCUCUGGGGCGCAGACCCUUUGCUAAAUCUUCUUCCACUUCCAAAUAGCAUUAUACUAGCUGAUGGUGCGUUUGCACGGUGUUCUGUAGCUUCGGGAGUAACUGUUGCGAGUCCUGGAAGUUUUUAUACUGAUAGAACGUAUGUUGUCUUCCACGCGGCCAAAACCAACUCACCCAUUGACAUUCUUCAAUUGAGCAAGCAGAUGGACAGCGCAGAGUUGUAA